CGCCGCAGCCUGUCCCUGCCUCCUCCGGCGGUAGUGCCGCCGAGCCGGGCAGAGCGCACGGACGCGGACACAGACACGCACGGGAGGUGGAGGAGGAGGAGGGAAGAGGAGGAGGGACCGGAGCGCUCCCAGCACCAUCACCGAUCCCCCCAUGCGAUACGGGCGGCAUCGCGCUGCGCCGCUCCCCCGCGGACAGGCACCUGCAGGCAAAUGACAAGCAUGAGUCUGGAGGAGCACCAGUUUAAGUGCUGGGACCCUGUCAUCUAAACUGUGUCUCCAGCUGACUUCUAGCCAGCCAAGCUUUACCGAUCCUGCACCAUGGAGGACUGCCUUCACACCUCCUCUGAAAACCUCUCCAAGCUGGUGAGCUGGGCCCACAGCCACGGGACCAUCUGCAGCCUCAUCCCCAACCUCAAGCACCUGCUGUCCGAGGGAGCCCACGGCAACCUGACCGCCAUGUGGGGCUGCAGUGCUGGCCAUGCCUACCACUGGCCCCUGGCUGCCACUUGCCGGGCUGGCUCUCAGGAACGCGUCUGCUUCCAGGACAGCCGCAGCUUCAACUCAGACAGUCCCAGUAUGUUGGGAGUGCCCUCUGAGACACAGGCCAGCCCGCUUGAGCGUUACCCAGGCCGGCCAGGGAAGGCCAAGCUGGACUGCACCCGCACCCGUGACUCCUGUGAUUUCUCCUACUGCAGUGAGCCCUCAGAGCUGGGCGAGCCGGUGGAGGAGUACGAAGACGAGGCCACUCUCUUUGACAUGGUCUGCGAGUCCUCCGUCACAGAUGAGGACAGUGACUUUGAGCCACACCUCCACCGCGUGCCCGGUGGCCCUCGGAAGCGGCCACCCGCUGGGCUCCCUGCUGCUGCCCAGGCCCAGCCAGCUGACGAGGGCAGUGGCGAGGUUCUGCUCAAGAAGAUCAAGCAGGAGCUGCCUGAGGAUUACUACAUCGUGGCCAAUGCUGAGCUGACGGCUGGUGCCGAUGGGCCGGCCCUGGCCCUCACCCAGAUGUCCAAGCCCAAAGCACCAGUGCAGGCUGGACCCUCUGGCCUGGGCCCCACCAGGGCUCUACCCCUGCCUGCUGGGCCUGACCCCGACCCGCAACACCUCUGUGCCUCCCCACCCGGCCCACCCCGGCUCCCUGUGCAGAGACCUCCCCGAGCUGCCCUGGUUUCCCCAGCCCGUGGGGCAAGCGGCGGCCCCCCAGCCGCCCUGCAGGCACCAGCCACUAGCUCCAAUGCCGCUGCCCUGGGGAAGGCCAUCAGCAUCCCGCUGUCAGCCCUGCAGUUGCCUGGGCAGGAGGAGGCCCCAGCUGCAGAAGAGACCCUGUUGCCUGCCCCGCAGCCAGCCCCAGGGGGCGGUGAGGCAGCUGUGUCACCUUCGGUGAGCGCAGAGCCUGAGGUCAGCUCCAGCCAGCAGCAGCCCCCUGCUGCCCCUGCUGCCACCCCUGAAGCUGCAGUCCCGUCGAUGCCAGACCAGGAUGAGAGAGCAGCAGAGCUCAGCAGGGAGCAGAACGAGAAGACCAUUCGCAGCACACAGACAGCUCUCCGCAAUUUCCGCGAGUUCCUCAUCUCCAAGUAUCCCUCUGAGACCCGAGAGAUCUACGUCAUCCCCUGCAAAGAGCUCGAUGCGUACCUUGCUUCGUUCUUUGUGGAUGCCAGGCAGAAGGAUGGGUCUGAAUACGAGCCAAACAGCCUGGCCAACUAUCAAUGUGGGCUGGAGCGUUAUCUGAAGGAGCACAGGUACGGAUACAGUAUUACCAGGGAUAAGGAGUUCAAGAGGUCCCAAGAAGCCCUAAAACAGAAGCAAAUAGAACUGAGGUGUAAAGGUAAAGGGAACAAGCCACACAAGUCCAUGAAGCUCACCUUUGCUGACGAGCUUAUCCUGCGCAAAAGAGGCUUGCUAAGCCGGUACAAUCCUGAAGGGCUCUUGAACCUUGUCUGGCUGAACAACACUAAGGCAUUUGGACACUGCACAGGUUUUCAUGGGUCCACCCUCAAAUGGGGAGACAUCCGGCUGCGGGUGACAGAGACAGGGUUGGAGUACCUGGAGUGGAUGGGACCAGACAGUGGAGAUAUCAAUGCCAAGAGCAAGAGAGGUGGGACAGACUCUCGGGUGUAUGCCACCCAGCACUCCCCACAGACCUGUCCUGUGCAAGACUACAAGGAGUAUGCCCAGAGGCGGCCUCCAGCCAUGCGCUAUGAGGAUGCACCUUUUUACCUGUCAAUCAAACCCGUUGUCAACUUGGCUGCCCUUCACUGGUACAAUUGCCAAGCGCUGGGGAAAAAUAAGCUUGCCAAGAUGGUAAAGACAAUGUGCGAGAAGGGCAACAUCCCUGGCAGGAAGACCAACUUCAGUGUCUACCAGAGCUGUAGCACACUGUCAGAAGCUCAGAGCAACCAGCUUGUGCUGAUCUGCAAUAACUUGAGCCAGCAAGCUGCCCAGUCCAUGGCAAGCCAUACCAAUACUGGCAACUUCAUAGUGUCAGCAUCCUAUGACUCUUCCUCUGACACAGCUUGAAAGAGGGGUAUAACUUGGACAGAUUUUUCUCUUCUGUUUUGUUUUAAGCAUUGAAUUUGUGCCCAAUAAUACACAUCAACUGUGAUUGUACACUACUCUCCCAUAGCCCUCUCUCCAGUGUUAAUUCACUUUAUAAAAAAAUAUAAAUAUAUAAUAUAUUUUUCUUUUUACAGAUAAGUCAAUAGAGAUAGUUUAGUAAUACUAACAUAGUAUUUAUAGUGUUAAUACAAAAAUGAAUGUUACUUGUGGGUUAUAAUAUAAUUGCAGAUUUUAAAAGGACAAAAAUGGUUCUCAGGCAACACAAGAUAGACUGGAAAUACCCUUUUUAACAUGCACACAUCAGUGACUGUAAUUCCCCAGGGAGACUUACGUAGCAAUUCUAUUUUAAAGCAUUUUUUUGACUUCUUAUGUUAACAUGGCCUCCUAGAGUGGAGGAGGCAAAUCUACCACUGGCUGCUGCUUCUUACCUGCUGGCUUGUUCUUGAUCAGAAAUACAAGGAGAUAAGAGAUACAUCAAUAAUAUCACUGGUCUUUAGACUGAAAAGUAUUGUUUUCAACGGUAAGCAAAGGUAUGUUGGCAAAAACAGUCGUGUACAUAAUUUUAACUAAGCACUGACCAUUAAUGUUUUGUCACUGUGUAUUCUUAAUGUAAAAUCUACUGACUUUUAUCCACUCUUUCACUACUCUUGGGGAUGUAGGUGUGCAGAAAAAUUCAUUAUCUUAUCCCAAACCAUUCAGAUAAAAUGCAUCAAAUCUGUCCUAAGCCAUUAUUCAAACUCACAAGAAAUAACAUAGGGAUAGUUUCAUAUUUUCUACAGAAGAUUAAAAAGAUGAGUAGUUUUAAGCACUGGAAAACAAAUCAAAAUCACCUAUGUGUAAUCUGUUUUCAUUGCAGACAAUGGAAAUUGUGUAUGUGAUUCUUAGGGAAGAAUUUGGUCCUUUAAAUACUUGAAAUAAUGAAUGCUGUUGUUCCCGUAUUUGAUUUUGUAGCAUAGUUGUUCUAUGAGUACAGGGAAAACACUAACAAAUUAAGUGUGUCAGUGAACCAUUACAACUCUUGACUUUUAAAAUGAUGUAUGGUACCUCUGCAGUAAUUCAGCUUAGCUUAUUCAGCGUUACAGAUGGAAAUGUUCCACUAGCAUACCUUAGCGACUUGGUAAGUCUAUGGUGUCCUCCAAAGUCCAUGAAAGAUUCAGCCUCAGCUCACAUCCCAUCAGACUGUUACUGAGGACUUUUCUUUUUGCUUUUGUCCUUCUUUAAACUUCAUUGGUUUUAUUUCUUUACAUUCUUUCCUUUCUUUUAUGUAGUUUAAAUCUGCAACUGUGCAGUAAACUCAGUCAUCACUAAUUAAAAAAAAAAAAAAGUGCAACAGUAGCAUAAAGAAAUAAAUUAUCCCACCUGGGGCCAUUUAAAAGUUGUUUUUGGUGUUGCUGGGAUGAGGUGUGUAUUCCUGUGUAUGAAGGAAGUGGCAGAACACCUGUGUCUCACUUAAUCCUGGAGGUCUGUUUUGGACAGGGAGUGAUUAGCAGAUGUCCCACAAAAGGUUUGGGAGCAGAGAUUUCCUCUUUAAUGAACAUCUGUCCUCCCAGGAAGCGUCGUGCAGGUGACAGAGCCUGAAUGAUCACUCAUUGUUCUGCACAGCAGAGCUACUAUAAUGCCUUGGUGCUCUGUGUGCUGGCUGCCCUAGGGUCUGGCACGCCAAGGCAGGGUAAUCUUAUCUGCAACCCCUGAGAGCGCUGUCUCUUAGUGCUGCAAGGUAGGCAUUGGUGUGACAGGCACUCACAUUGCAAAGCUGUGCUUUUGUGGCUUGGUUCUGAUGCUUGAGACAAAGUGUUGGCACUUCUGAAGUAACUGCAAGUGCCUGUGACUGCCUUGCCAUGGCAAAUCUGGUAAAGAUGAAGGAGAGGGAAACACAGACAUCUGCUGCUUUGCUUCCACAUGAGGCCAACCAGUUAUCUUUUCAUAGCAAUGCUCUACAUGUGAUACAAGUGAAAAUAAUUUUGCAAGGCUGAUGUUGCUCUCUGUAGGAUUUCAUUGCUGUUUGCUGCUGAGUACUCAAGUCACUGAUCUCUGUAUGCAGUGAGUGCUAGGGUGUCAUGCUAGAGAGCUCAUUCAUGAUGUUCUGUAGAGCUCCACAAGGGAGCUGCUAGGAAGGGUUUUGCUCUCAACUUCCCCCUGUGCUCACCUCUUAACUAUUGCAGAACCUGACCCAUCUUCCUUUCCUCUCCCAGAGUACAAAGCCAGGUACCUGAUGGCCUUUGUGGAACAGCACAUUUCCCUCUUUGCUGGGAAGACUUGCCUUGAGGUUGUACAGAAAAGUAACUACCCCAUGAUGUGGCUGUCUGUUGUUUCUUCUCAGACCCCAUAAAGCAUGAAACAAAAUUCAGUAGUAAUAAACAGUUUGCCUGGUUAGGGUUUAUUGCUUCACAGUGGGCUGUUUUGUGUGGACUAAUAACUGUGGUAAUCCCACACAUUUUGGACUAGAUGAUCUUAUAGGUCAUUUCCAACCUUGUGAUUCUAUGAUUCUGUGAUUUUCUUGCCUUUGAGAAGGCAGAUCACUGUCUGCAGAUGUGCAGUGCUGCAUAUGGUCUGCAAUGUUCUGAUUCACAUCUACACUGUAAUUCAGCCCCAGCACAGAUCUUGAUCUUGUCUCCAGCUCCACUGUCCAUAUAUAGAAUUGCUGUCUUCAGUUUUAGGGUGGUUUGUAUCUUGCUGUGCCAAGGCAAUGUCUCUGAUAAUGUUGCACAUCAGGAACUGUUGCAUGUCUGGUUAGGAGGUAAGGUGUGAAUUAUGUGUUCUCAUUGCAGGAGCCUCAGCAUUACAGGGCUGUGUUUUCUCUGCUCUGUGGCAUCUGCAGUAACUCCAGCCCCCAGUGAUGCUGAUGGCAGAUUGCCUGGCAAAUUCUGAUCAGGCAUCCCCAAAUAGACUACUUGUAGAAGCAGUUAAGCACAUAUGGCCAAAAUAUGAUACUGAAGGAGUAUCAUACUCCAAAAAUAGGUAUGUUAUCUUCAAAUGGCAUUUAGCACCACAUACUACCCAGUCUUCAUUUGCAAAUAGUCGCAAGGAAUUGAGUGAUGACAGCCUAAUUAAUUAUGAUCUGUAUUAAGCUAUUGAGAGUGUCAUUAACCCACUGGGAGGGAGACUUCUGAUUUAAAACACUGGUCAUGGUUUUGUUUCUGCUUGGCAGGAGUGUAGUGUCCCAGCUGCCAUGUUGUUGCUGACAGAUGGCAACCCAUUUGCUUGCUGUUGUCUCCCAGUGCUUUGAGGGUGUCAGAACCUGCUCACCAGUAAGUCUCAUGCUUACCAUCAUGGUGUGGAUCUGCCCCAGUAAAAAGCCAUAGGGAGAUGGUCAGGGAGUAGUGCUGCACUCUUAAAAUCAUAGAGUCAUAGAAUAGCUUGACUUGGAAGAAGCCUUAAAGAUAAUCUCAUCCAGUGCUCUUUCUUUGAGCACGGUUGAUGACUGCUAGAUCAGGCCGCCCCAGUUCCCAGCCAACCUGGCCAACCACAGCUUCUCUGGGCAACUGUGCCAGGGCUUCACUGCCUUUUGAGUAAAGAAUUCUUCCUAACAUCUGAUCUGCAAGCCUUCGUCUCUGCCUAGGGCCUGGUGUGUCCUACCAUAACUCUUGAUACUUCACUACUUCUUACCAUGGAAUCAAGAGGCCAGCUCUCAGAUCACCAUUCAGCUCCUAUACAGCAUAGCCCAGGUGUGGUGGCUGAGUGGGUCACUUGCAGAGAUCCCCUGCAGGCAGAUGACAGUGCUUCUUUCUUCUCUCUUUUUCCUUUCCUGUUUUCCUGACUUUCAGCUUUCUCUGAUCUGGUAUUGGACCUCAUCAAUCAGCUCACUAGCUCAGCAUAAAGCAUAAAAGCGCAGAGGGGGAAAUUGAGAUAGUUCUCUGCCAGAUUACUGACUUGAUUCUGCUCAAAAAUGAUUUGCAGCUCCAGAGGGAGAGGCAGAGGAGGAUGUUCCCUGUCUAAAGGCUGCACUGCAGCUUUGGAAACCCAUCACAGAGAUAAUGCAGUGGGAGCACCUUCUGUGUAGUUUGCAGCUGUUGGUUGCCUUCUGAACUAUUACUUGUGCAUGUAUUUGUGGCGCUGUAGGCUUGCACAGGGUGUUUCUAUUCAUAAUGGUAGUUGAAGCUGAAAUUCUCAAUAUCUGGGUUUUGCAAACUGCCUGUUAAAUUUUCAAAUACAAAUUUAUGCAACAAAAUGUGUUUUUAAGUACAGUAAUUUUAGUAAUUUUAAGGAGAAUGAAAUACUGUUCUGAACUACCUUGUAGACUAAAUUAACUUAGUUAUGAAGCAUAUCUAAAACAACAGUACAUACCUUAUUCAUUUACACAGUUCAGUAAUUCUGGGAUAGCAUCCACACCAUUGGAAUAUAGGACAGUCUAACAAUGAAAGUAGUGGUGCACAUUCUCCUUUGUGAAGAAUAUCAAUGCUUUCAAGCUAUUUUCUAUUUUUAUUUUUAGAAGCUGCUCAUCACUAGUAUUCAAUCUACAGUGUAGUUGCCCACUUAUUUCUCUUAGAAAGGAGUGUAGAAAAUGAGAUUUGAGAAGCAACUUAUAUUGCUGUUUGUCCCUUCUUGCCUGUUUGUGACUGUCUUCCACGGCAGGUUGUGCAAAUGAUGUGUGAUAUGAAGACAUGGGUCAGGAAGAAUUGAUGUUGAGUCAUGGCAGAGCCUAUGCUGCCCCAGUUCUUGGAGCAGCCCCAAGGGAACUGAGAUGCUGUAUACUGUACAUUUCUUCCCUGCCCAGCUAAUAUUUACCCCUUUUUUGUCUCCCUGCCUGAGGACAUCCCAUAAGUGCAUUGACUGACAUUGACUGACGUGGUGUGUGGGCUGGUUAUUCCUCCCCACCACCAGCUGCAAAUGACUAUGGCUGACCAACUGGUCUUCCCCAUCCCUAGCGUCCCUCUCUCCAUCCCUUUGUACCUCUAACAUUCCUUUCUCCUGGUGUUUGUCAUAGGGGAAGGGGACUGCUCUGUGGAGGGCAGCACAGAGUUCCCUCCCUGCUAUCAAGUGCCCUUGUGCUUUGGGGAUAAUGUGCUCAGGGCAGGCUGCCUCACUUCGAGUGCAUGUGGUCCGUGGGAUACAUGAUCACUCACAGGCUUGCAUCUCUUGUCUCCCAACACUCUCCCUUUCCCUUCUUCUCUGAUUUUUAUGGGAGUGCUUUCAAAUCAUAAAAGGAGAAUAGAACACAGUGAUGUGUUGAGGGCCAGUUUUGUGCCUUUGCCUGGCCUUCCAGUGAUGUCUUUAAACUGAGUAGAGAUGACUGAUCCUCCUCCACAGUACAUCCUGGACUGACACUAGAGUGGAAAUCAAUUUGUCUUAGGCAGAGUGAGCAAUAGGAAAGCAGGACCUCCUUGAUGCCCUACGGCCAUUUGAAUGUAUGGGAAGGAGGAAUGCUGACGGGACGCAGCACUGAGGUUAGAUUUGCCUGAAAUGAGCCAAUGCAUGCUAGGUUAGCGGGGAUUCAGCUGUACACUACUAAGUGUGGCUGGCAGCGGAUCUGCACUUUUUAAUGAGGGUUCUUUGUUAAACAUUAGUGUUAACAAGAUGGUUGUCUUGCCUAAUGUGAGUUGCUGUCCUUGUUCUUAAAAUGGGGAUGUAUUUUCUUCUAUUUCUAUGCUUUCAUGUAAGUGCUGAAUCUGCACGCUCUGCUGAGGAAGAGUGUGAAAAGAAGGCAGUCCAGCAUAAAGCAUGGCUAUCUUCCUAGCAGGAGAACUGGGACUGCACUUUCUGGGGAUGGUCGCCAUGCACCGAGCCUGCUUUGUAGCCAGGAGCACUGGCACAUCAUCCGGUAUCUCCCACAUGUCUGAUGGCCCUAUGCAGGGUCAGCGUGGGUGUCACAGCACCUCUUUGAAAAAUCAGAGCCCUGGGCCAGCCAGGUAAGGCAACUGUGCUUCUGCAUGCUGAGCAGGGGAAGGCCGUAAGCACAAUUCGGCGAUGGUGCUGUCCCUGUGUGCAGGAUGGACACAUGCAGCUGGCACAUGGGGCUGUGAUGUAUCUCUGCAUAGGUUUUGGAAAGCUGAGCACCAGCAGGAAUGUGGAGGCUGGUUCUCCAUGAUGCUCUACUGGAUAACGUUAGCUGGCAACGGAGUGAUCCUUCAGAGGAAGACAAGUUCCUCAAAGCCCCAAGAAAUGGUGUGGCUGCAUGGCUGCCAGCUCCACCAGUGAAACCGAGUGCUGGUUCCAUCCUGCCUCUGGGGCUCUGCUGAUGUUGUCCGCCAGCACCUCGACUCUUCCGAAUCCAGUGGAGAGGCACUGACUGCAGCACAGCGUGGGAAAGCCCCACAGCUUGGAGAUGUCUGUGGGCUCAUUGAAAAGUCUGACAAUGGUCAUUCACUGGAGUAUAUUCAAAGUAAUGGGGAUGUCUAAAGCUUUAACUCCUAACCUGACGGGGAAAAAAUCAGUUUGGCACAAAAUUUACUUGUUCCAUGAACUGGUGGGUUUUAACAGUCUCUGGAGUUUAUGUCUCAAGUCAGAAAUUUAUUUUCUCUGUUUUCUCACUUUGUUUAAUGUUGGUUGGUAAUAUGAACAAAAUUUGUUUUUGUUUUUGUUGUUUUUUAAAUACAAAUGCCAUUAAAUGUCUGUGCAUUGGAAAUGGACCUACUGUUUCCAGGGGAUUGAGACACUUCUACCUUCUCUUUUAUUCUGGUGCUCAGCACUCAUUACACAGCAGCCACUCGUCUCUGACAAAAAUUAGUACUCUUUCAGAUUUAUUUGAUCUGUUGUAGUUAAUAGAAGAUUUAUUCACAGUGUUUGGGAUUUUGUAUGGUAGAUGCUAACUCUGAUGCUAACUUUUACGCUACAUUUGGGAAUUUUGGCUAGCUCUGUUCUGUACAGUCCAUAAGCAUCAUGCAAAUUGUGAAAUUGCCAAGCAAGGGGAAAAGAAUCAAGAAAAUAUAAAAUGUUCUUUAAAAUACUGUAUUAUUCUUACUCUAGAAAAAAAUAAACUAUUAACAUUAAUUUUAAUGACGCUAUCUUCACCAUUUCAGCUGUUCUUAUUGUGAACAGAGAAAACUCUGCAAUAUUCCUCAGGCUUAGAAUUUGAUCUGCUUUGUAAAGGCUUGUGAUCCUGCUGAGAUUGUCUUCUGCAUCAUUAUAAUGUGUUCUCAGCUGGCCUGAAUCACACGUAGCCUUAAGUACUGCCACACUGCUCCUGCCAGUAUUCCUCCUUCCCUUCUGCUACGUUGCAUCCAGGCUGGGCUGCUCUGCACAAGGCUGGGUGUCAAAUGCAGAGCAGAAACACCUGGAGCACUCAAGACUUACAGGCAAAUUGUGACAUAGAAUGUGUUACAAGAGUCUGCAAGCUGGCAUGGGGAGAAGGGAGAAGUAGAUGGCAGUGCCCACAAGCCCAAGUGCUGCUGGUGGGCAGAGCUCGGUGUCUGCCCUGCAGAGCUCAGUGAGGAACACACCCCUGGGCUUCAUGUUUCUACCCACCUUGUUGUCACAGAUGGGUCUGAAACCUGCAGGAGAGGACAUCAUCCAGCCACUGCUUUGUUGUCUGGACUUGUCUGUGCCUGCGUGACCCACAUACCUCUGGGUCAUCUUGAGACCUAUUAGGCAGACAAAGCUAUUCAAGACAUAAAACAAAGAAAUGGCAAAAUGUCUGAGUAUAGUGAAGGCAGUGGAAAGGCAGUGGAAAAGCCUGGCAAAUGCAAUAAAAGUUGUUGUGUUUUUUUUUCCUAAAGAAGGCAAGCGUAAUCCUCGUCUUUAAGCUAUCCUUUAAUAUCCUACUUUGUUUUACACUGGAAUUAGAAAAUCUUUUCCAUUUGUUUUAAUUAUCUGCUGACUUUAAUUCUGCCUUUGAAAAAUGUUUUUGCUGUGGUGAGUAGCGUUAGGGAAAAGCAGUUAAAGUAAAGCUUUUAUCUUUCCCUACAUGCAAUAUUUAAUCAUUCUAAUCUUUUAAUAUGAAUGUGGUUUCUCCCAUUCUGAAAAUUGACAAGAUUAAGGCUGCCUCUCCCAAAAUAGCAGUUCAAAAGCACGUUUUGCUUAGGCAUAGCUAGUGCAAUACAUAACCAGCUAGCAAAGCAUGAGAAUUCCUGUAAGUGACCAAUUGAUUCUCAGAGUUAAACCUGUGUCUGAGGCUAACUUUCACGUGCCAACUUUUCUAACUCUGCCUAAACUCAACUUUUUUAAGAACAGUUUGUAAAAAAAGUACAUUCUUUUGUUUUAUAUAAAAAGGGUGUUAAAAGAUUCACUGUUCUGCCAAACAAUAAUAUUUCUAUGCACUGUGUCAUUCGGUGGUGUUGCUGUUGAAAUUUUGCAUGUUUUCUGGACGUUCUGACAUCCGUAUGUUUAUGUGGUACUUGUAGAAAUGCUGACCAUUGCUGCUGUGAUCAGAGCCACUGAAAAACUGAGAGCUGUACUGAGAAGCCCUGCCAGUCAGCAGGUAUUUCUGUGUGUCACAGUAAAUCUCUGCGUUCUGACGUUGUUUCCUGUGUUAAGCCAAUAUUCAGUGCCUUCUGGAGAAGGAACCAACAUGUUGCAGUAGGCAGGAGGUGCUGAACGUUUCAUGUCUUCUUCUGAACAGUUGACCACUUAUCAGCUUGAUCCUUAAAGAACAAACAAACAAAAAGUAUUAAAGAAAAUCUUGAAUUCUCCAUCUUUCUUUGAGGUGUCUUCUCAUCAAUUUUAAUUUGGAAUAAAAAAAUUAAGAUGCCCAACCAACUGCCUUGAUGAAGCUAAGGGCUCCUGCAGCCGUAUGCCAGCUGUGAACGUGAGGGGUAAGACAUUCCUGUGGAGCAGAUCCAGUGAUCAGCCAAGCCUGUGAGAGCUGUUGUGGAGUUUGCUAAAAAUGCCUACUAAUGAAAGCAAUCCUCUGAUUACUGUAAGAAACUGCCAGCUCUCCUAGCAGCUGUGAGCCUGCUCCUGUAAACAAGUGUCAGCCUGGUCAAGUGGUGGAUUCCAGUCACUUUCCCACCUCCGCUGAAGCCACGCUUUGCUGCCAAAUGAGCCUUGGAUGAAAUUCAAGCCUGAGAUUUUUGGUCUUGUUCUUUCCAAUUGCUUUCAUGGCAGGCGGGCCCUGUUUAUCAAAAUUCUGACACCACAUUUUCAGCUCCUUUUCCACCUUCCCCUUAGAAUCUGGCAGUAUAGCAGAUACACACAUACCCAGAAUUAAUUUUGACUUAGCUAGGAUUUUGACAGGCUGAAAUCAUACCAUAUUGUAUUUGUACAACAGAAACAAGCUGUGGGUAAAAGUGUGAUCUGUCACAGAUCCCUGCCACCAGGCACAGUCAGCUGCACCUGGUCUGCUCUGAAAGUACCAUCUUAUGUGCAAACAAUGAAGGGCUAUAGCCAUUGUUUCAUGAUCUCUGCUGACAGGUGAAAGUCUGCUAAACAUCCUGAAAAGGUUUUCAAAUCAGAAUACCAGAAAAAAAACAAACAAAAAACCUGUGUGACUGGGACAAUAACAGAGAAUUGAAUUCAUUCCUGCUGCUCUGAAGCCAUCUCUGCAUCUCUGUACAAGGCAGCGUGCAAAGUGCUUCUCCCAAAAUAGUUUACAUCACAAUCUUCAAAAUUGCCAUUCCUUUUUGUCACACCUGGAACAUUUACAAAAAGCAGUAUUGCAAGGUGCAGGCUGGACCACCCUGGAAGUCUGUCCAUGUAGUAGUCCUCUCCCACAGACCAAUGGAUUCAGGGUGCAGUCUUGCCUCAAAUACUGUGUUCAUUUCUGGGAUCUACAAUAAAGAAAUUGUUAAGGUCCAUGAAACAGUUUGAAAGACAGCAAAAAAAAAGCUAGAAAGCAGAAAAAAAGGUAGAAGGUUUGGUAGAAGGCAUGUGAGGCACCGUGUGAGGAGAGGUGGGCAGACCUGGGUUAUCGUGUGUGGAGGUGGCAGAAAAGUGGUCACUGCUCUGCAGCUCCCUGAGGGGAAGCAAAGGGACAUGCUGGGCUGAGCCCCCUGGUGGGACAGAACACAAAGGGGUGGCACAGAGCUGCACCUGGGGAGGAUGAGACGGGGCAUCGGGAAGCAUUCCUUCACCAUGAGGGCAGUCAAACUGUGGAACGGGCUUCCUAGAGGUGACACAGCUGUCAGUGGCCAAGGGGAAUUUGGGCAGUGUGCUCAGUGACUGCUGUGACUGUUGAUUAGCAAUUGAUGUUGAGUGAAGGCCCCUUCCCACUGAGUUGUUCUAAACGUUCCUAGAACAUUUCUGAAAUCUCAACCGUCCAAAAGUGAUAAGGGUGCUUGAGGCCUUUUGCAGUAUUUCAGUUCCCAUCUCCUGGAUGGAGUAAGGCUGUCCUCAGAAAUAAAGGGCCAUUUUAUUGCUCUAAAAUCCAAUGGCUUCUUCAUAGAAUUAUAGAAUCAUAGAAUUGCUCAGGUUGGAGAAGACCUUAAAGAACAUGAAGUCCAUCUGCAGCAUAACCGUACUACCCUAACUCUAGUAACCCUCCUCUAAACCAUAUUCAGCUGCUUUCUGAUGCCAGCUGAGACCAGCUGCAAUGAGUUUCUCUGUUGUUUUUGGUCUCUAGUGGCUAUGUACACAUGAACACAUCUCCGCCAGUGCAGUGAGGAGUUUCUGCUCCACAGAACUCCUGCCUGCAUAGGCCUGAUAUUAGGUAUGCAAGGCAGUGGCAGAGAGUCUUAUUCCUUGCAUUUUUUGUCUUUUUAGCUAGGUCUUAGUCUUCCAGUCCAACUAAUUGCAGAAAUUGACUUAGCAAUUGCAACCUACUGUAGGGAACCUGCUUUAGAGUGAAGGAUCUUCAUAAGUCCCUUCCAACCCCUAUAAUCCUGUGAUUCUGUGAUCCUGUAAUUGGUAAUUGGUCCUUAGAGCUCCUUCCCACACACUGACCCAACCUGCCAAAAGGUGUGUCAGGUUCUUGCAGAACUACAGUUGUAUAUUUCCAUCUUCACUUUGCAGAUGCAUCUACACUGCCUUCAGCUUAGAUUUGAAUCAGAAAAGCAAACAGCACCGUUUAGUUAGCUCUUUGCAUGCUAGAAAUCCAGUUGUUUUACAGAUGCAGAUGUGGCGUUAGGCUUCAGCCUGCUGCCUGCAGAGUGUGAGAAGUUUUCCUGGCGUUUGUUCAUUUUUCACCACAGCUCUCUGGUUUCAAGAAGCAAAUGGGCUGAUGUUAAUGCUGUAGUGGAUUUGAUGCCACCGCCCCAUCAGUGUGAUGCCUUCCGUGUACACGUUGUAAGCUCCUGUAAUUGUGUUUUGACCUAAGUGCACUGUGGUGCAGGAAAAGCUUUUUGAUUUUUAUUAUUAUUAUUAUUGAAUAAUAAAAUAAAACCCUAUUGCAUUUCUGUCUGUGCUGCUGAAAGGAGACAAGAGAGAAUUUAUCCAUCCACAUCCCACUGGAAUUUCGAGGCUAACUUAGGUUUCUUUGGACCCCUUUGCAAGCCCCAGUUGUAAUCCACUAUAUUAGGCAGAGACGUUAACAUGAGCAAUGAUACAUUUCUAACACUAAAAAUGCAGUUUUUCUGUGGGACCUUCUCACACUGACAUCUUGCCUCUGCAUUUCGGAAUUUAUAUAUUUGUACAUUUGUUAGGGAGAAGGAAGAUUUUAACAUAUUUUAAUGCAUUAGGCUUUGCAAAUCCAGGAUAUCUGAGAGAGAGAGAGAGAAGGUUUACUGGAUUUUUUUUCUGAAGACAUCAGGAAAAUUGUCAACCCUCAGAGCUACCUGUUCAACUUCAGACCUGGUUCAUUCUGGAUCUGAAAAAGAACAAGAGACCUGGAAAAAAAAAUAAAUGAAGAAUAAGUCUUCACUGGUAAAUGAGGAAAGAUUCCACAGCCUUCUUCAGCGCCAGGUCCCCAGCUGGGUUCCCAGGUCUGCCAACCCUUUUACUUGAUGGCUGGAUAGGUUUUAACUCAUGUGGAUGCCAUGUUGCUCUUUCUGCAGCAGAUUUCUAAGAAGCAAACUUCACAUUGGUUAAGAUCCUUGAGAACAAUAUCAUCAUCUGUGUCUUAUGACACUUUUGUGCCAGCUGUACCUUUUUCCCUCACUGCAAAGUGCUCCACUCCUUUUCACUGGGGGUGGAGCAAAGAGAUGCUUUAUUGCCAUCUGUUGCACCACACUUCAGCCAGGUGCCUCCUUGGCUUCCCUGAAAAAUGCUUCUUCAGGGUGAUUGAGUAUAAAAGUUUAUUAAAUAAGAAGACAGUAAAAUUAAAAGGUCUUUUUUUUUUUUUUUAAUGGUCUGGAUUUCAUCCCCUGCUCACUUAUCCAAUAGUUGGGCAUUGAUGAAGCAUGAGUUCACUGUUGUGUUAAUUGGAAUAUUCACUUUCACCAAUCUGCAACUUCCAAAGACACUCUGAUCUUUAUCACACUCUGUUUUUAUCUCCCUGUAAUAAUCCUUAACAUGUCUGGUUCUGCUGUGUUAGAGGUUGAUUUCACUGUCCACACGACAUUUGCCACUGUUGUAGUGUGACUUUUUAUUUCUGUUUUUUAAUAUUUGCAUUGGUACAGCCUUAAACUUACAGAAUUAAAAGUCAUUUCAGAGAUAAUCAAGAUAGUCAUUGAUGUCUGUGAUAAGUGCAUGCUUUAUUCACAGUAUUUCGUCUGUAAUUAGGUGUAGCGACCAAUACUCAUGUAUUUAAUAAACUGUCUUCUGCAAA